AUGAACUUUGUAUCCUCUGGCGAAACGCAAGCACUAGAGAAGAAGCGUUAUGACAUGAAUUUCAGAUCUAUUCAAUACUUUUUGGAGCAGAACUAUACAGAAGGUGAACUCUACGCAACCACUUGGGGAGAUGCCUGGGGUACCGGCUCGGUACUGGACAGCUACAGCACCAUGCACACCUGCAGCAAUCUGCUAUUCCUUCGAAGGUUCAUGGAGGCAGUGAUACAGUACACUGGCGCCAGGAAAAUCGACGUCAUCGCACAUUCGGUUGGUGUCGUUAUGGCCAGAAAAGCUCUGAAAGGAGGUUCCCUCAUCGGAACUGAUGGGAACUGCACUCUCGGUCCUCCGCUAACGGCCAAAGUUGACACUUUUGUCGGCAUUGCCGGGCCAAAUUACGGUGAGACAGCUUUUAAACAACUUUUGCGAGCGCCGAAGAGGCUGACUACCCUGCUGUCUAUGGGUACUAAUGUAGAUAACCAUUUUUUUGAUUUUGUGUCGCAACUUUUGAUGUACUAA